AUGUCGGAUAGUGAUUUCGACCAAGUUAAGCGUCUCCAGCAGGAGCGUAAUGCUACGAAAAUAGGUUCAAAGCGCGCUCUCGAUGCCUCCACUCAGCGUAAAGAUUUCUCAACCAAGGCUUCCCUUACAGACAACUUCGAUAAAGAUCUCUAUGGCGACUCCAAUGGCGAUCGAUAUGAAGGUUACAGCCGGGAAGUCGUCGAUGAGGAUGAAGAAAUGUCGGAUGCUCAAGGGGGGCGUUUAGUCGGGCAGUAUACCGCCACGAAAGAGAUGAUGAAUGAAUUUGUUCGUGAUGACGAAGACCCGUUAGCUGGAAGAACAGAGGGCAGCAGAAUCAUGGAUCGCGAGACAGAUUACCAAAAACGACGGUUUAAUCGAGGACCUCUUACACCAACUCGUGCUGAUGCUUUCGCGAAUAACCGACAAGACGGUGGCGAGGAUGGAGGACGCAGCUACCGCGAAAUUAUGGCUGAAAACGAUUUUGAACGUGAAAAGGCUCGAGUUAUGAAAGCUAUUGAAGAUAAGCAGAGGGAUGGCGAAGGAACCGAUGCCGAUGAACAUCAAGCUACGCUUUCCAGCAAGGAUGCCGACGCGAGUGCGGAUAAGGAAAACGCCCCCGAAGGCAGACGGAGGAAGAGAAGGUGGGAUGUCUCGACGACGGAUUCUGCAAGUACAGCUACUGAGACUAAAGCAGAGGAACCCAAGAAACGUUCACGAUGGGAUGAGACGCCUGCGCCUGUUGCUCCUGGAGAUGCUCCGAAGCGGUCGAGAUGGGAUCAAGCACCCUCUCUUGCUCAAGCUACUCCGGUUGGCAACCAGGGCCUUGUGACUCCGAUGCACCCAUCCUCAGCCCCGGCUGCCCCGGUCGUUCCAUUCGGCGUCGACUAUGGCCGCAAUGCCCCACUCUCUGACGAAGAGCUCGAUGCUAUGCUUCCCAAGGAAGGCUACAAAAUCCUCGAACCGCCAGCAGGGUAUAUGCCUAUUCGUACCCCAGCCCGGAAGUUGCUAGCUACUCCAGCACCUAUCGCUUCUGCUUCGGGUGUUGGUGGUUUCAUGAUGCAAGAUCCUGAAAAUGCUAAACUUUUAGGCAAGCAGCUUCCUACUGAUAUUCCUGGCGUCGGUGACCUCCAGUUUUUCAAACCAGAGGAUAUGGCCUAUUUCGGAAAACUAGUCGAGGGUGGCGACGAGAAUGCGAUGUCAGUGGACGAACUCAAGGAGCGUAAAAUCAUGCGCCUCCUCCUCAAGGUCAAGAACGGAACGCCUCCCAUGAGAAAGACUGCUCUACGUCAGUUAACCGACAAUGCGCGAGCCUUCGGUGCUGGUCCCCUUUUCAACCAAAUCCUCCCGCUUCUCAUGGAACGUACUCUCGAAGAUCAAGAACGCCAUUUGCUAGUUAAGGUGAUUGACCGUAUCCUCUACAAACUCGACGAUCUUGUCAGGCCUUAUGUUCACAAGAUCCUUGUCGUCAUCGAACCCCUUCUCAUCGACCAGGACUACUAUGCUCGUGUUGAGGGACGGGAAAUUAUCAGUAAUCUGUCUAAAGCAGCCGGGUUAGCCCAUAUGAUUUCGACUAUGAGGCCUGAUAUCGAUCACGUUGAUGAAUAUGUGCGGAACACUACUGCUAGAGCAUUUGCGGUUGUUGCCUCGGCGCUUGGGAUCCCAGCAUUACUACCCUUCCUCAGGGCUGUGUGCAGGAGCAAGAAAUCAUGGCAGGCUCGCCACACGGGUGUCAAGAUCGUUCAACAAAUACCCAUCCUUAUGGGUUGUGCUAUCUUGCCACAUUUGAAGGGAUUGGUUGACUGUAUUGGACCAAAUCUGGAAGACGAACAGGCCAAGGUUAGAACAGUUACAUCACUUGCCAUUGCAGCAUUGGCGGAGGCUUCUCAUCCGUAUGGUAUCGAGAGCUUUGACACCAUCUUGAAUCCUUUGUGGACUGGAGCCAGGAAGCAGAGAGGCAAAGGUCUUGCUGGUUUCUUGAAGGCUGUCGGAUACAUCAUCCCUUUGAUGGACGAAGAAUAUGCGAAUUACUAUACUGUGCAAGUAAUGGAGAUUUUGCUGAGAGAGUUCAACUCACCAGAUGAAGAAAUGAAGAAAGUUGUUCUCAAGGUUGUUUCACAGUGUGCCUCGACGGACGGUGUUACCGCAGCUUACUUGAAAGAAGAAGUCUUGCCUGAAUUUUUCAAGUGUUUCUGGGUUAGAAGGAUGGCACUGGAUAAAAGGAACUAUAGACAAGUUGUCGAGACCACGGUUGAUGUUUCACAGAAAGUUGGAGUCUCUGAAAUUAUUGAACGUGUGGUAGACCACUUGAAAGACGAAAGCGAAGCGUACCGAAAGAUGACGUUAGAGACAAUUGAAAAAGUCAUUGCGGCUUUGGGGGCGGCGGAUAUUGCAGAGAGGUUGGAGGAAAGGUUAAUUGAUGGUGUGCUCUACGCUUUCCAGGAACAGACAGUCGAGGAUGUGGUUAUGUUGAACGGUUUUGGAACCGUUGUCAAUGCUCUUGGUACAAGAUGCAAGCCUUACCUUCCACAGAUCGUGUCAACAAUCCUCUGGAGACUGAACAAUAAAUCCUCAACCGUUCGACAGCAGUCUGCUGAUUUGAUUAGUCGCAUUGCGAUGGUUAUGAAGCAGUGCGGCGAAGACGCAUUGAUGGGAAAACUGGGUAUUGUGCUCUACGAGUACCUCGGUGAAGAGUACCCGGAAGUUUUGGGAUCUAUCCUCGGCGCUCUACGUUCUAUCGUUACGGUCGUGGGAAUCAAUUCGAUGCAGCCGCCAAUCAAGGAUCUCCUACCACGUCUUACGCCAAUUCUCCGAAAUCGUCAUGAGAAGGUCCAGGAGAACACUAUCGAUCUAGUCGGACGUAUCGCAGACCGAGGACCAGAAUUCGUAUCCGCUCGAGAGUGGAUGCGUAUUUGUUUCGAAUUGCUUGAUAUGUUGAAGGCGCACAAGAAGGGCAUUCGCCGUGCGGCCAACAAUACAUUCGGUUUCAUUGCCAAGGCUAUCGGUCCACAGGAUGUUCUCGCCACGCUACUCAACAACUUGAGGGUUCAAGAGCGUCAGUCUCGCGUUUGUACCGCCGUCGCCAUUGGUAUUGUUGCCGAAACCUGUGCGCCGUUUACCGUCCUUCCGGCUCUGAUGAACGAAUACAGAGUUCCGGAACUGAAUGUACAGAAUGGUGUUUUGAAGAGUUUGAGUUUCCUGUUCGAGUAUAUUGGAGAGAUGGCGAAGGAUUACGUUUAUGCAGUGACACCACUCCUCGAGGAUGCAUUGAUCGAUCGUGAUCAGGUGCACAGACAGACUGCAGCUAGCGUGGUCAAGCACGUGGCUUUAGGUGUGGUGGGACUCGGGUGUGAGGAUGCAAUGAUGCACUUGUUGAAUCUCUUGUAUCCGAACUUGUUCGAGACAUCGCCUCACGUUAUCGAUCGUAUAAUUGAAGCUAUAGAUGCGAUUAGGAUGGCGAUUGGACCUGGAUUAGUUAUGAAUUAUGUAUGGGCAGGAUUAUUCCACCCAGCGAGGAAGGUUAGGACACCAUACUGGCGACUAUACAAUAAUGCGUAUGUUCAGUCCGCCGACAGCAUGGUUCCAUUCUAUCCCAACCUCGAUGAAGAGAAGCUUCAGAGGCAUGAACUUUACAUUCUGGUCUAA